AUGGCCGACGCUCUUGCCUCGCAGCUCAACAACACUAGUUUGGGGUAUGUUGGCCUUUGGUGCUCCAUUGGCAUUGACGUAACAGCUACGAAAGGUCUUGAAUUUGAGGAUUUCUACAUCAAACGUGAGCUUAUGAUGGGUAUCUUCGAGGCUGGGUUCGAAAAGCCAUCCCCUAUCCAAGAAGAAACGAUACCAGUUGCCCUUACCGGCAGAGACAUCUUGGCUCGAGCAAAGAACGGCACCGGCAAAACAGCUGCCUUCGUCAUCCCUACUUUGGAGCGCAUCAAUCCCAAGAGCACAAAAACUCAGGCUCUUAUCCUUGUUCCUACGAGAGAGCUUGCACUUCAGACAUCUCACGUCUGCAAGACACUCGGUAAACAUCUGGGAAUCAACGUGAUGGUUACCACCGGUGGGACUGGGUUGAUGGAUGAUAUCAUCAGACUGAACGAUGCGGUCCACAUUCUCGUCGGAACUCCUGGCAGAGUCCUUGAUCUAGCGAGCAAGGGCGUAGCAGAGCUUACCGAGUGCCCUACUUUCGUCAUGGAUGAGGCUGACAAGCUACUGUCUCCCGAAUUCACCCCGGUCAUUGAACAGUUGUUGUCAUUCCACCCCAAGGACCGCCAGGUGAUGCUUUUUAGUGCGACAUUCCCAAUGAUCGUCAAGUCUUUCAAGGAUCGGCACAUGCGUAAUCCUUAUGAAAUCAACCUUAUGGAUGAACUCACACUCCGCGGCAUAACUCAGUACUACGCUUUUGUGGAAGAGAAGCAAAAAGUUCACUGCCUGAACACUCUCUUCUCCAAGCUUCAAAUCAACCAGUCGAUUAUCUUCUGCAACUCUACAAACCGCGUGGAAUUACUUGCGAAGAAGAUUACGGAAUUGGGCUAUUCAUGCUUCUAUUCACACGCCAGAAUGCUCCAGCAACAUCGUAACCGGGUUUUCCACGAUUUCCGGAACGGCGUAUGCCGUAAUCUGGUCUGUUCGGAUCUUCUUACUCGGGGUAUCGACAUCCAAGCCGUGAACGUUGUCAUCAACUUCGAUUUCCCGAAAAAUGCCGAGACCUAUCUUCAUCGAAUUGGCCGAUCAGGUCGUUUCGGGCACCUUGGUCUUGCAAUCAAUCUGAUCAACUGGGAAGACCGCUUCAACUUGUACAAGAUCGAACAGGAGUUGGGAACAGAAAUCCAGCCUAUCCCCCAGAAUAUCGAUAAGAAGCUCUACGUCUACGAGUCUCCGGAUACCAUCCCGCGUCCAAUUUCCAACCCCGCCCUAACACAGCAAACCAACACCAGCGCAGGCCCCGGAGAACGCCGCAACCAUCAUCCAGGUGGUGGAAACCAGCAAUUCAAUCGCGGGCGGGGCUCGUACCGAGGCCGGGGACAGGGUCAGGGUCAACGUCGCGGCGCUCACGGUCAAGGAGACAGAUUUGGUCCUUCCCAGGGUCAGCAAGGCGCCAACUCCCAAGCUGCACAAGCAUUAUAA